AUGGCGACCAACCCACAAGCAUUCUACUGCCUGUGGCAAAACGGCACCAUUCGCGAGAGACUCUUCGAGCUACUGCCGAAGGAGGACAUCUGCGCAGUUAGACUGGCCAACUCGGCCUGUUGCAAUCUGGUCACCAAGAGAUUAUUCCUACGAACCAACCUAACAUUUUCGGCAAACAGCCUGACCAAGGCCAGCCGGAUAGACGCCCUGUCGAGGAUCGGGCACCACAUCGAGCACCUCACAUUCUCCUUCCCCCAUUCCAACGCCACCUUCCUACCUCCUCUCAUCCACCCUCAGACUGGCGAAGUGAUAUGCUUUCUUUACAACCCCCACACAUCCGCCGAGUCCGGCGCGACAAGACCCAAAUACGGCAACUCGGAGCUGGGCGAGAUCUUGACGCAGCAGUACCCGCCUCUCUUCCACGCGGCCACCCACGUGGCUUCCUUCAUCAAUGCCAUGAAGCACAUGACCAACAUGCGGCACCUCACCAUUAAGACACCAGGGCAAAACCCCACGGAGCGGUACCGUCGGGGCAUUGUGGACUAUGCGCUGAUGAGCCUACGCAUCUCGUUGGAGCGCGCGCCACUUACCAAGCUCUCGAAGCUCACUCUGUCGGGGGUGCACGCUUCCGCGUUUACCUACCUCCGCCACGCCCCGGGACUCGGUGCGCUCCCUUCCGCAUCGGUGCGAUGGCGCCAGAUUCGGAAACUCUACAUCUCGGUCGAAUCCUGGGAUUUCUACGGCCCGUCUCCCGGCCUGGACCACCUCAAGGUAAUCGACGACUACAUCCGGAGCUUCGCGCCGCGGCUUGACAAGCUUUCGUUUACUUGGCUGGGACGCAGGGGACCUUGCCCUAUUGCUCUUUCUGGAGAUCCCCUUUUCGCCCCUCCACGCAGCUCUAGGAAGCUCUUCAAUGAGGUCACCAGUCCCAUGUCCCCGCUGCCGCCGCGGCCUUUCCGCAGGCCGCUCAUCAUGCCGCGGCUCCGGUCCAUGUCGGUGCGCAAUGCUACCAUGAACGUCGAUCAGUUGCGCGGCCUCGUCUCAAGCCACAAGAACACGGUACGCGAAUUCGACUUUGAGAACGUGGCGCUCAUCAAGGGCGGCAGUUGGGACGAGGCGCUCGCUCCACUGACCGAGGCCGAGACCAGCGAUUCGUGGUCGCGCCGGUCGGUAGGCGCCAGCGACUGUAGGCCUGGGACGUCGAGGUCGAAUACCUCAGGAUCCGCAGUCGCGAGCUCGGUAGAGGACGAGCAUCUCCCGGCCUCGUCGGCAGCUGCAACCGCGGCCAGCCGGGAGCUGUUCGAAGUUGACUUGGAGGGCAUGGUAUUCGGCGGUGCCAACGACGUCGACAAUUUCGAGGCGGGCGUUGAGGAAUGGGCGAUGGGGGUUACUGCCGCCGCCCAUGGAGCCUCGCGUCCUAAUUCAGCCGGAGGGAGACAGGGUCCCUCACGGCCCAACUCGGCUGGAGGCAGGAUAGAUGACGAUGGCGGCUUGGCCUCGGAUAUCGAAGCGGCGAGACAGGCAAGCCAGGGGUUCACCACGAAGCUCAAGAAACGUCGCAUGCGUAGGAGAUCGCGCAAACAUGAUGAAGAAGACGAAGUCCAUGAACGUGAAGAGGAGCGCAGGAGUUCCCGCAAACAUGACGAAGAUUAUGAAGUACGUGAACACGAAGAUGAACGCAAGAGCGAGGGCCGGAGGAGUGAGCGCCACAGCGGUGGCCAUCGCCACCAGAGCAGCCGGAGCCACCACAAACACUCUCGCAGUGACGACACCAGCGAUCGGCAUUCUUCCAGCCGGGAUUCACCACGGCGUCACCGCCGCCAUCGCCGACACCGGUCGGAAGAAGUACCCGAGGUGCCAUUCAUGCCCGAAGUCAUUGGCACGGACGACGAGGCUUAUACCCCGCCCGAGACACCGCGGCCAAAGAUGGACAUCAGCGUGCCCAUCCUGAAUCCCGACCCGCUCCCUGUCAUGUUGCAGCCAACGGUAUACGACGCAUCAGCCAGAUUCGGCCCAUUGCUAAGCACGCCGGAGUCCUCGCCCCGGUUGGACGACGGCCUCUCUCCGACGCAGCGCUCCAUCGAGGCAGACAUGCUCGCCGAGGCCGAGGAGGCAGCAGCCCGCUCCUCGGCGCUCCAGCGAGCCAAGCAAGCCGUCAUCACGAAGCUGUCCCGCGAGUUUUCCAAGCGGAAGGGCGACGGAGGCGACCCUCGCGACAAGGGCUCGGCUGCUGUGGUCGCCAGCCUGUCGGCGCUCAACCUCGGCAUGAACCUGCCCGCACAACACUACAGCGGGCUGAGCUGCGGGUCGUCGUCAAGCGUGAGCCACCGGCUUCGGGAAGGCCUCUUUGGGCGGAGUAUGGCCAACGUGGCCAUCGCGCCCGACCACCGCAGUCUGGAGAGCCAGAGUGCCUUGGUGCCGUUGAUGUUUAGUCGGUCUUAG